GCGGCGGGGGCCGAUACUGGACCCGGCGGGAUGAGCGAGGCGGAGGCGGCAGCGGUGGCGACAGCGGCCCCCGCGGCGACGGUGCCCGCGACGGCAGCUGGGGUGGUAGCAGUGGUGGUACCGGUGCCCGCGGGGGAGCCCCAGAAAGCGGGCAGCGGGGCGGGCGGCAGCGGAGGUGGAGCUGCCUCCGGCCCCACUGCUGGGACCCCCGCAGUGUCGGGCCUCCGCACUCCUGGCAACCCGGCGACGGCAGCCUCGGGGACCCCCGCACCCCCGGCCCGGAGUCAGGCGGACAAACCGGUGCUGGCAAUCCAAGUCCUGGGCACUGUCAAAUGGUUCAACGUCCGGAAUGGUUACGGAUUCAUCAACAGGAAUGACACCAAGGAGGAUGUCUUUGUUCACCAGACUGCUAUUAAAAGAAACAACCCCCGGAAGUUUCUGCGCAGUGUUGGAGAUGGAGAGACUGUGGAGUUUGAUGUCGUGGAAGGAGAGAAGGGUGCAGAAGCUGCUAAUGUCACUGGGCCUGGGGGGGUGCCAGUGAAGGGUAGCCGCUAUGCCCCCAAUCGACGUCGGUUCCGGCGGUUCAUCCCCCGGCCUCGCCCAGCUGCCCCACCACCCAUGGUGGCUGAGGCCCCCUCGGGUGGGACAGAGCCAGGCAGCGAAGGGGAGCGGGCUGAAGACUCUGGGCAGCGCCCCAGACGCCGGCGUCCACCACCCUUUUUCUACCGCCGACGAUUUGUGCGAGGCCCUCGGCCCUCCAACCAGCAGCAGCCAAUAGAGGGCACCGAUGGCAUAGAGCCCAAAGAGGCAGCCCUGGAUGGGGACCAACAGCAGGGGGAUGAGCGGGUCCCCCCACCUAGAUUCCGGCCCAGAUACCGAAGGCCUUUCCGCCCCAGGCCUCCCCAACAACCUACCACAGAAGGUGGGGAUGGUGAGACCAAGCCCAGCCAAGGCCCCACUGACGGUUCCCGGCCUGAACCCCAGCGCCCACGAAACCGUCCCUACUUCCAGCGGCGCCGGCAGCAGCCCCCUGGUCGGCAGCCCACAGCCCCUGAGACCUCAGCCCCCAUCAACAGUGGGGAUCCCCCCACCACCAUACUGGAGUGAUUCCAACAGUAAGGACACUCAGAAUACCAUCUGGUAUCUGCCAGUUUUUUCCAGCUGACCAACUGACCUGCACCCUUCCCAGUAUUCUCCUCCCCCUUAUACUUGAUUCAUGACAUCAAAAACACUGGGCUUUUUCUCUUUUCUUGAGACUCAGGAGGGCCAAAGCCACAGCCUUUUUUUGCUUUUCUUUUUUUGUGUUUUUUCCUCCUACCCUGCCAAGGGUUGAAGGAAGGGAUCCAUCCUUAAUCAUUCAGAGGCAUCAACUCCCUCCCCUAAAUCAGGCUGAGAAGGAACCAGCCAGCUCUUACCUCCUCUUGGUUGUUUUUCUUUCCCAUCCCCCAGUUUAUUUUUUGUUCCCCCUCUGUUCCCCACCUCUGAAGCCAUUUUAUGAACUGUCAUGUGCCACCUGAGCCUCCAGUAAAAACAAAAACAGGCUUUCCUGUUGU